UGAUACCCAACACUAUGAGCUAAGAAUGACAAUAACAUUUUUUGAAAUAUUUUUUGUGUUAUGUUUUCUUUUUCAUUAACGCAGUACAAACUACAAAACAUAAGUUUAAGUAUAUUAGUGUAAACUUGUUAACAUUAUAUACCAUAAAAAUGCCCGGCUUGCCGGUUAUUAGUAUUCAGUGUGAUUGGAACGACGCUUUAAGAUUACCACAAAGUAAGGUGUGGAUAUCAAUGAAGUAUCUCAACAUGAACAGUGUUCAUGAUAAAAUUACAACAUCUCUCAAUAAGCCAGAUGUAAAAAUCAAAUUACAUGUACCGGAAACCUUUCAAUUGAUUUCAUAUUCUAAUCUUAGUCUUGUAUUAAGACAUGUUGAAUCUGACUUAAAAGUUGCAUUUGUAGCUCCAACGAAAGUCCAUGAUUUGCACCAAAAAGCUAUACUUUCUGUGUGUGCUGCUGAAAAUUCUCUGACUGUAUCAUCUUGUGAGGGUGACCAGCUUUUAGUGUGGGAUAGCAGAACUAGUGAAACAUUAUUGGAUUUGAAAGGGCAUGGUGGCCCUAUUUACAAGUGUCGGUUUUUUCCAUCUGGAGUGGUGUUAAUAUCUGCUGGAGCUGAUGGAUCAUGUAAAAUUUGGUCAGCACAAUCGGGAAUUAACCCUGUUACUCUAAAAGGACAUGUCAUGUCUGUUGCAGACGUUUGUAUAAUUGAUAAAGGAAGAAAUGUUAUUUCUGUUAGCAAAGAUGGUACAGCAAAGUUAUGGGAUGUUGGUGAAUCAAAAUGUUUGGAAGAUGUAAUUAAAGAUAGAGGCCCUAUUAAUUGCUGUGCAUUGACAGUAACUCAAGAUGAAGUUACUGUUGACAAUGAUAGAGAGAUUGGAACAGCAAAUAAGCUGUUAGUUAUUGGAUGUGAAUCAGGUGAAAUAGUAUGUGCUCACAUAGCAAAGAGAGAAGUAAUAUUUCAUAAACAGUUAGGAUCACCAUGCAACACCUGCAUUAUUAUUGAACAAACCAUAAUUGUGGGAUGUGCAAAUGGAAAAAUUAUACAUUUAAAAGUGGCAGAUGGUGAAAUAAUAAAAGAAAUACAUGAGUCUGCUAGCCCAAUUCUUUGUAUGGGUGUUCUCAUGAAUGGCCUGUAUGUGGUUGGUAGACAGGACGGGAAUUGUGCUGUGCUCUCAGUGCAAGAUGACUUUCACUCUGUGAGAGUGCAGUUAACAGGCUCCGACUGUGAUGGCAUAAGAGAUUUAUCAUUCAAUAGUAAAUGGAUUUUUGUAGGUUGUCGUGAUACAAAUGUGAGAAAAUAUGAUUUUAACCAAAUAAGUGUACAUUUUAAGUAACAAGUGAAAGGCAUUGCGCAGAGAAUAUUUUUAUUAUAAUUGAUGUAUUACUUGCGAUUUAAUAAAAAACACGAGUCCCUACAUAUACAAGAUUUUAGUUGUAAUGGCUUGAUCUGAAAAGGUAAUAAAUUGAGGUUAUUUACUAAGAAAUUGAAAGUAAAUUUAAAUUGUAUGCCAAACCCAACUAAUUUUGAGAAAUAUACGCCUUUUUUCGCAAGUAUCGUUUUUGGAAAUAAAAAUAAAUAAUGCAUAAUAAUGAAAGUUUGAUGAUUAAAAUAAUGUGACUUCAACCAGCAAAAAAAAAUGAAAAGGUUGGUUGAUUACUUGUUAUCUUAUAACGCACCUUAGGAUUGUUCUCUUUGAAAUAAUGUUUGUAAUGGUUUAUACCAAUACAAAGCCUUUUGUAUAAAUGGUGCCAUACUUUCCUAUCGGAAUCAACGCUAUUCUUUAAUUGUAACCACUCUUUUAAAUAAUCAUCUUUAUCUUUUCGUGUUUUUAUACUAUUUGCUUCUGCAAAAAAAAAUUUGUUAUUGUAAUUCAGGAGAUAUGAAAUGCUAGCCGUUCAACAUAGAUCGAUUAAUACCAUUUUGUCGUAAUUUUGCAGUUACGAUGUUUGUUACACAAAUUAUCCAAUUUAACCAUUUUUCCAUAUUUAUAACAACAUUGUAAAGUCCCUUGCACAUAAUACGUACCUCGUGUUGUCGUAUUGGUUUGUAUUCUGGAAAUAUUAUUUUAGUUUUAUUCGGUAAACAUUUAUACAAUGAGAAGUAAUUAUUGAUAUUAACCGGUAUACUGGUCGGACGAGAAAUUUAUUUCAAUGGAAAGCCCAGUUAUCUUUCGUUUAAAAAGUAGGCUCUACCGAGAAGACCUUUAAUUAAUGACAAUGAAACCUAUAAUAAUUAAAUAUCCAAAGAUGACCAAUCGAAGAUUUAACGUAUAUCAUUAGGUUAACUUGGGUUUUAUGUUCGAAUUGUAAGUUAUUGGAGAACUGAGUUACUUAUGUCAAAUGUGCUUUGAUUGAAAAUCCUCUAAAAUCUAUAAAGUUAGAUUACAUUCUAUUUCUUCAUAUUAAAAAUACAUACUUGGAUUUAACUUUAUUUUCUCUGAAUCUGUUUGUAUUUGUUUUUCUUUGGUGAGACCUUUUGCUGAUGAAUCUUCAAUUUCUGAAGCAAUGUUAAUACACGACAAAACUUUGACUGUUAAUUUUCGAUUAUUCUGUGAUUUGUCGACAUCAUUUAUGAGUAUUAAUUUACUAUCUCCAUUAUCACCCUUUUCGUGUGACCUUUUUAUGUUUAAGCAAACAGAAUCACUUCCUUGUGUAGUAUGAUAUGAAUCUUCAUCUUUCGGUUCUAUAGCUGUAUAUGCAUCACAUAUAUUUCGCAAAAAGGUCUUUUGUAAAUCAUCACUGUCUUUGAAAAUUUCCUCACUUAAAUUAGAAAGCUUUGUCACAAAUUGUUUUUCAACAUUUUGUUCCUUCUCUUUUAAAGUAAUAGGAGAGGGAAUUGAUUUCUCAUCUGCUUCAUUAAUGAAACCUAAUGAUAUUACGGACUUGCUAACGGUAGCAGAAAGUUUUGUUGUUAGAGGAAAAAAGUUUUCAGGCCAUGUUUCGUCAACAUUAUCUAAAUAGAUAUAAUACAAUUUAACAAUGCAAUACAUAUUCUUAAAAGAACAUUUAAAUGUUGAUAAUAUAAAUAAGUGUUUUGACUCACAUAGAAGGUGUGUAUUUGGAGGGGAAAAAUUAAUAUGUUUAAAGUAGUUUCUUUGAGAGCUCGAUGAAAGUUUUUUGUGCAUAAAGGUGGUCUCAUUUUUAUUGUACCUAUAAUACAUAAUAAAUGCAAUUUAAAAUGUAAAAAUUUAAUUUAUUUGUCUUUGUAACCUACAAUAAAGUUUAUAAACUUCUUACAUGGAAUCACCGUCUAUUGGCCGUUGUUCGUUUCCUGAAAUUUAAGUGAUAUCUAUCAAUUACUAAAGAAUAUAUAAUAAAUUUUAAAAGCAUGGUCAGGUAGAAGUCCUAUCGAUUCAAUUGCACUAUACAUAUAAUUACCGAUAUUUGUAUCAGAAAAUUUUACUUUUUUUAAACUAUCGUCGGGCCAUUCAUCUGAAUGUUUUAGCUCUAAUUGAAUAUUUUCUGUGCUGACAUUUGUAUCUAACCCGUAUUCGACAGGUGGUAUUGUUUCAGUUACUAUGAGCUUAUUCAAAACGUCGUCCUCUUGUAUUUGCUCUGUAUGGGUGUUAUCGGGACUUUCUAUUAUUUGUACAUUUUCUCUAUUAGUAACGCUUUCUUCGUUUUCACUAUUAUUACUUUCUUUUAUGAUAUUAUUAUCUGCACUGUGAGUGCUUGUAUCUUUGGGCACAUCGUAGUAAGUUUGGUUGUCAAAAUCAUUUUUUUCGUCUGUAUUUGUUGUUGUUGCUCUGUUGUCUAAUUUGCUAGGGUUGCUUUCUGGUGUAUCUGUUAACUUAUCAACAACUAUUAUUUCAGUAUCAUUAGAUAUAAACUCAUUCACAGCUUGAUCUAAAAUAACCAUUUUAGGCAAACCAGCCAUGUCUUUGGUAUUUAUAACAUCAUUUGCAUUUAUUUCCUCUUUAUUGAUGGCUAUGACUUCUGAUACUGUGUUAUCAAGAAGAUUAUUAACAAAACCAUUUAUUUGACUGUCAUAUCCACAAACGCUGUCAAUUAUAUCCAAUAGAAUAACAUCUAUAAUUUUGUAUUCAUUUGUAUUUAAAGCUAUGUUGUCUAUAUUUAUGUCAUCGUAACUUAGUUUGUUUAAAGUAACUUUGUUUAAUGAUAAAAUUGAUGAAUUGAAACUACUGGUUUCCGAUGGAUAAUUCUCUUCUAGGUACGAUAUGCUUUCAGAUUUGCAAUAAUCCUGAAAAUAACAUGAAUAAUUACAUAUUAUAAACAUU